AUGAAGGCAGGGCUUACACAGGCACUGGGUCAGUGGUAUGUACAGUACAAUCUAAAAGGAUGUAACUAUGAGAGCUCCGAUAACUACAAAGACUACACACAGUAUCUGGUCCGAGGCGGAAAAGGAAGGUUAAUAAGUUACGACACAUGGAGAAAUGAAGAUCUGUGUAAUACACUGUCAUCACAACGUAUCCGACAAAAAGUGCCAGGGGUGUAUACAAACAAAGACCCAAUAGGAGCUAUAUGGAGCGGGACUGUUAUUGUAGUAGCCAUUGACUACAAACGAUACAAGAUACUGUGGGGCUGUGCCAAGAUGUCAGUAAGGGGCGACCUAUGUGACGAUCCUUUCUUAAUUAUAUACACAAGGACGCCCAAAGCGGACCCUAAAACGUUUGCUACUAUUAACAACGCACUUCGGCAGAUAUUUGGUUUUUCACUCGGAAGUCUGCCAAGAAGCUAUCACGUGAUGCCUUGUCCUAUGUACGCUCCGGCACUUAUAGGCGACAGAGGAAAAUGAGUAUGACAAAAGUCGUGGCAUACAUGUUACACAAUCAAACUACAACGACUGAUUUUAAUAUACAACCACCUUCAUGAGUAUGCCUAAAUCAACAUGUGGACAGUUCGAAGAAUGGGACUCCAUUGUAUUAUAUCCUUUCCGCAGCCUUAACGUACUAAAACGUAUUAGCGUCUGGUGGCCUUUUCACGCUUCCGUAGAAACAACAUUUAUUACACGAAACUUAUUUUGAAAACAUUUCUGAAAUGUCUACGUCUGCACUUCUCAAAUACGAUUAUAUCUUACAUCUGAGGCAUAUACUGACACUCGGACAACAUCAAAAAUGACAUUUUGAGCGAUUUGAUGAAGUUCCAAAAUUAUCAAUGUACCCUUGAUCCGUUACGGACCCCUGUGGGAUUUGUGUUUAUCUAGAGCUCAAAUAUUGUUUCAUAGAUUAAAAGCUGACAUGCUGUACUAAAGCCCAGGUAAUUUCAAUUCCUAAUAAAGUGCUGAAAAUUGGCACCCCAAUAGCAAAAAGAAAAGUCCACGAGCAUACAUUUAAAAGGGAUGCCCCUGCGCGUGACCCCUGACUAUCUACGAAUCAAAAUGCGGCUUUCUUUUUCAAGUUUAGCAUUUCUACUUUCAUUUUAUUUACUUCCAGAAAUAGCUGAAGGUCGAGUGACGUCAUUUUCUGUGUUGUCAAAAACAUACAUAUGCCUGGCGAGAUUGCAUAAAUAUGUGCUGGCCGUCCUAAGGAUAUAGCUAUUUUGUUAACAUGUAACAUCUUACAAUAAAUGUAUUGAAAACAAAGUAUCUAUAUCAAUAUAUAUGUUAUGAUAUGAUUACACUUCGCUAUAAUACUCUCCACUUCU